UUUGUUGCGAUGCUUCAAUAAUAAAUAAUUUAUUUUGCAUCUGCGCGCUCUACGCGAUUCGAGCAUGCGCUCUCCCAUUUGAGUCAAGGUGCGAAAUUACCAGCACCGAUAGUCAACAAGAGGUGAAAGCCUCUUCCGAAGCCUUAGAGAAGGUCAGCUUGGCACAAAGCGUUAGAAACGGGACUCACCUCAAACGGAGCUAGACGCAUGCGUGUUCGUACCGAUCGCCCCCCUCGGUCGGAAUGCGUCAAUACACCCUAUUACAAGAAUACAGGGUGCAAUUCGUGUUAAAGGCAGCGUUUGCUUAGAUUCAGUGUUCAGGUGUUCAGUGACGUAUGGACCGGGUGGUGGAAUGAGCUCGCCGAAGCUAAAUGAAAGAUGUCCAAGUCGGAUGAGCAAUGGAAAAAAACUCUUGAACGGCGACUCGAAAGAGGACUCCUUGGAUAAUUCCAUACGGGAGUCGAUAAAAUCUGAUCGACCUGGUAAGGGCGAGGAGGAUUGCCGCCGUCGAACCAUUAUAGUCGAGAAGAAAAAUGGCAGCUACGGGUUCACGCUACAGAGUUACGGCAUCCAUUAUAAGAAGGAACAAGAGAUAGAAGUGAUAACGUAUGUGGAUCACGUGGAGCCGGACGGUCCGGCGGCCGGGGCCGGGAUGAGAGAGGGCGACGUCAUCCUCUCCAUCAACGGCGUCGACGUGGAGAGAGCGGACCACACCGCCAUCGUCACAGCCAUCAACUCCUGCGACUCCCGCAUGCGGAUCGUCGUCAUAUUCGAGGACUGCGUGCGGAAAGUCGAGCUCCACCUCAAGUACAUAAACAUACAACGAGCCAUACAAACGAAAAUGAGGGAACUCGAGCAGCUCACGAUAAGAGAGAGACAAGUCUUCGACGGCAACUGGAAGACCCACAGUCUCCCGUCGCAGAAGAAGAAAACGUCCCCGUCCGACAUCAUCUCCGAUUCCGAGGAGAAUAUCACCAGCGACGUCAACGGCGGCUACUGCCGACCGACGCUGUCUAGCGAAAAUGUAACUGCUGCGAAACCACCGCAAACCAGUGUGUUCAUGUAUCAAUAUCUCGAUCCACGAUAUGGAGCCUGCAUCAUCCAGCCGAAUAUGCACACCGGCAGCUUCGUAAUCACGGUUGGAUCUCCUCGCAACAGAGGCGACUGCCAUCAUUACGUAGUAAAGACGUCCAGUGAAUAUCAUAGAGCUUCCGAAGUUUACAAGCCAGCGAAUAGUAAACAUGUGAAAACGCACAGAAACAGCCACAGCCACGGGUGCGCUCCCUGCAUGCCCGCUUACAACAACCAGGACGCGAACAGUUUAGAAGCAUACGAUCUAGCCAGUCCGUGUUGCGAUCCACACUGCGUCCCCAACUCCAGAAAGAAAGUGCGCCGCAAAAAGGAAUGUUCUAAACGAAAAGACAAAUGUCAACAAGUCGAUAAAUCAACACAGAAGAUCGAGGGUUGUUCACACUCACAUACGAAGAAAAUUUGUAGCACCGGGCAAUGCUCUAGUCGGUACCGAUACUUGACUACGGAGUCCACACAAACUAGUCAAUGUAGUCUUCAGUCGUAUGCAACGAGUAAUGUUACAGUCGCUUGCGAAAAUUCCGCUUCAAGCUACAGCACUUCAUUGAGUAGUGACACUCUAUUUUGGGAUAACGAUCGAUCUGAAGCCAAGUCAUCUCCUAAAAUUCAGUACCAGAGUUCACAUCAGCACGUGAAGCCAAAGUCUUGGGACAACUUAGCAACAAAAGCGAUCGGCGGUUACGGAUUCGGUUAUGGAUAUCUGGACACGAGCACGAAGCAUUCGAAUAGAUCAAAGAGUCACGGUCGCACCCACACGGGUCGGAGCUCGCAUAAUCAUCACGAGCAUCAGCACUACGUCCAGGAAAAGCAUGUUCAUCGUCAGAGUGGGACACCACACCACUACCCCGUCUAUCAAAGAAGCCACAGUCACUGUCCCCCGACUAAGUCCACGGAGAGUUUGAUCGUUAUUCCCAAAUACCAACUGGAAAGCAGCGGAUCCGAAAGUAGAUUAGCUUGCGACUGCGUGGACUCUAUAGAGUACUACAGACGGGGUCCAUCUAAAAGUACCGGCGAACAGCAUUCGGGAUACUAUUCACAACGCUUCGUUUACCCUUCCCAUACAUAUAAGAAGAAAGAUUCAAAUGUUAGCUCAGAAAUAACUAGGUUAUAAACAUUUGUUAUGCUCAAAUUGGCGCCUAAUUUUUCCAUUAAAACCAUUUUAAGUGGUUAAGUAAUAAGAUUUUUACAUCGAUAGUAAUAGGAUUGAAACGUGAAACAAUAAUUUUGGAUUUAGAAAAAUAUUAAUCAUGACAUACUGUUCAAUUGUAAUAUUAUUGUAGAUGGGUUUGAUAUAUACGCACAAUUUUUCUCCAUCUUAACGAGGUGG